GCUAGCUUCACACUUUACAAAAAUCAUGACCUAGCGCUUGUUGGCGUGAUGUGUUGAUUUCUGGAGGCUUGAUAGUUUGGCGUGGGUCACCAAAUAUCUAAAUGUUUUAUGCUACAGUUUCGGUUAUAUUUUGUUAUUAGGGAAUCGAAAAGUUGCUUUUGACGUUACACUAAUCUUUCCAAGCAAGAUGCCGCCACGCGUUGAUGACAUAAUGAAACUGUGUUGUGAACUAUCCGCAAAUCAACAAGUAAAAACAACAGUGAAGCAGUCUGGAAAGGGAGCAGUGACAGCUGGUGGUCUAGCUUUUGCAGGAGGUUUAUUAGGGGGUCCUCUGGGAAUUGCAGUGGGUGGGGCUGUUGGAGGACUGCUUGGAUGCUGGAUGACAAGCGGACAGUUUAAACCUCUUCCCCAGGUUAUCAUGGAACUGACACCAGACCAGCAGCACAGACUCUAUGAGGAUAUUGCAGCCAUCUUGGGCUCAAUAACAUGGACUGAUGUUGCACAGCUGACUGCCCUUGUAAUGGGAAAUGCCACACUUCAGCAGCAGGUGACUGCUGCUCUUCUAAGCUAUAUACAUAAGGAGCUUCAAGCUGAAGUGCAUUAUAUAGACUGAUACCAUUUUCAUAAAAACAAACAAAAAGCAUUUCAAACCUUAUAAUCAUGUCAUACGGUUUGUUUGAUUAGAUGCUUGAGGACUGUAGUUUAAAAUGGCAUAUAAAAAUGUUUUAACUUUAUAUGGUACAUUUGAAUCUGACAAACAUGGCAUAGGUUAUUCUUUGAAAUAAUAAUUUCCUGGCAUAAUGUGCAGUUUAUUUUGUGAACAUGUGAAUGAUACUGUUGAAUAAAUGCCUUUUUAAAGUUAUUUAAUUAAAAUGUGCAUACCCAGUGAAAAGCCUUAAACAGAUUGCUUUAAAAUUGAUUGCUUUAAAAUAUAUAUUAAUAUUUAGAUUUUGCCAGGCACAUUAAAAUCAUGUGUCAUAGGGAUUGUCUGACUGGAUGCUUGAGUAGUGUAGUUGAAACUGGCAUAUGAUUUUUUUUAUUUAUACAGUACAUUUCAAUCUGUCAAGCACUGUAUGUUCUUUGAAAUAGUUUACUGGCAUAAUGUGUGGUUUAUUUUCAGAACACUUAGGAAGAUUAUGCAAUACAGAACAUAUGGCAAUGAUAUUGUUAAUGUCUUUUGAAGUUAAUUAAACAUUUUUUUUCUCAGAA